AUGUCCCUCUCGCACACAGCCGCUGAGUACAUGCUCUCCGAUGCUCUCCUCCCAGAUCCCGGCGGAUCCCGAGCCAAGGGCCUGCAGCUGGAGCUGCCCAGUGAUCGCCUCCUGAAAUUCAUCACUGUGGGGCUGCCCCUCUUCCUUGUCUCCCUGGCUUUUGCCCGGGAGUUCACUGCUGGCUCACAGAUCAGCUGCUUCUCCCCCACCAACUUCACUGGGAAGCAGUCAGCCUAUGUCGACACUGCUUGCUGGGACUCCCUUAUCCACCACGGCUUGGACACCGAGGGACACGCUGUCACCAAGUCCCUGUGGGUUCUCAAGGUCUUCCCCUACUCGCUGCUGGUGGUGGCGGUGCUCAUGUACCUGCCAUACCUGCUGUGGCGUUAUGCGGCCGCCCCUGCCCUCCACUCCGACCUCCUCUUCAUCAUCGACGAGCUGGACAAGUCCUACAACCGCUCCGUGCGCCUGGUGCAGCACAUGAGGAAGGUGCAACAGGCCAGCGCUGAGCCGCAGCGCUUCUGGGACGAGUACGAGAGGGCCCGCCAGGAGAGGUAUUUUGAGUUCCCGUUGCUGGAGCGCUACCUGAGCUGCAAGCAGCACGCUCACUCCCUGGUGCUCAUCUACAUCCUGAGGAACCUGCUGCUGCUCCUGUUCUUGGCUGCCACCUGCCUCUACCUGGUCUUCCUCCACCUCAACAUCUUCUUCCAGGAUGAGUUCAACUGCUCCAUCAAAACGGGGCUGCUCCAGGCAGAGCCCCACAUCCCACCGCUCAUCCCCUGCAAGCUGGUCUUCUUCUCCAUCUUCCAGCUCAUCAGCCUCUCGGUUGGUGGUGUCUACGUCCUCCUCAUACCCGUGGCCAUCUACAACGCCCUGCAGCUCUGCCAGUGGGACAAGGGGCUGCUCUCUGUCUAUGAGAUGCUGCCUGCCUUUGACCUGCUCAGCCGCAAGAUGCUCACCUGCCCCAUCAACGACCUCAACGUCAUCCUCCUCUUCCUCCGUGCCAACAUCUCCAAGCUCACGUCCUUCAGCCGCCUCAACGCCGUCAGCGCCCUGAGGGAAACCACCACCAACAAGGAGGACAUUGACACUGUCAUUGACUUCAUGACACUGCUGGCAGGGCUGGAGGCCACCAAGCCCAAGCACCACGCUUGUGCCCCCGAUGGCAGCACACCCCAACCCAACAGCGAGGCCCCAGGUAUGCGUUGGUGGUAG